GCAGAAGUUCUUUUUUCUUUCAAUUCAUCGCAACUUUGAUUAGCAAAUGAUUAACACAUACAUAGCAGAUGAACAGCACUUCCUCCCCCUUGCGCCACUCCAUCUUGUUUGAAACCUUAACAAAACCCCCUUUUCCCCCACUGUACUACAACAAACCCAUGUUGGUUUUCCCGCCAAAACCAUCACUCUUUCUCUCUUCCUUAGAAUUCCUCCCAAAAACCCAAAUUCACCCCAAAUUUCUUUCUGGGUACCCGAGAAUUCUUCCAGUUAUCGCUUGUCGUUGCCAGAAUUCGGGUUUCUCGGCAUCGGAUGACGAGUCCGAAGCCGAGUUGGAUCGAUUAGUGGCGCUUCUGCCGGAGGAGAUGCGGUGUCGUUUAAGGAAACAUCCGGAGUUGGAUAAGUUGAUUGAACUGGUCAUGGACUUGGGUCGAAGACCGUUGGCCCGUUUUCCUUCCGGUGAUUUCGAGUUGUCGGAUUGUCCCGUCAAAUUUCAUGACAUUGAAUUUGCUACCUCUCAGGUUGGUGAUUUCGCAAUUGAUAACCGUGCAGGCAUCAGCUGCACUUUACAUCGGAUCAGUGCCGUCAGGAAUAGAAAGAAUGCAAUUAUUGGGUUGACCUGUCGUGUAGGCAGAGCUAUCACAGGCAGUGCUGAUUUGUUAAGAGAUUUAGUCGAGGAUGGGGCUUCAUUGUUACUCAUCGGGCCUCCGGGAGUCGGGAAAACUACAAUAAUUAGAGAAAUAGCUCGCAUGCUUGCUGAUGAUUAUCAGAAACGUGUAAUGAUUGUUGACACCUCAAACGAGAUAGGUGGGGAUGGUGAUAUACCACAUGCUGGAAUUGGCAAUGCUCGACGAAUGCAAGUACCAAAUGCAGAUAUGCAACAUAUGGUUUUGAUAGAAGCAGUGGAAAAUCAUAUGCCUGAGGUGAUUGUGAUCGAUGAGAUUGGCACAAAACUUGAAGCAUUGGCUGCAAGUACGAUUUCUCAGCGUGGAAUACAGCUAGUUGCCACAGCUCAUGGAGUCACGAUUGAGAACUUGAUCAAGAAUCCUGCUCUUGAUAUGCUUGUUGGAGGAAUACAAAGUGUAACUCUGGGUGACGAAGAGGCAAAUAGGAGGCGUGUUCAGAAAACAGUUCUGGAGAGGAAAGGACCCCCAACAUUUCAUUGUGCUGUUGAGUUAAUUUCAAAAACAGAGUUGCGGGUACACCGAAGCUUAGGAGCAACAGUCGAUGCCAUUCUUGGAGGCCGAUGCCCAGAGUUUGCGGUACGUAAAGUGGAUUUUCAUAGAUUGAAAGGAACUGAAAAAGGAGAACAAUGCCUGUCUGAUUCCAUUGUCAGAAAUGUGCAAGUUGAACCUAUAGAUGUUCCAUCAGCAACUGUAGAAAAUGAUCAUCAUCUGAGGUCUGCUACACCUAAUGUAAAGAGUUCUGAUGAUGGCAGACUUCUUCGUAUCUUUCUCUAUGGGAUCUUGGAGGCAACUAUGGUACAAGCGAUCAAAAGGUUGAACUUGGAUGAAGAAAUUGAGUUGACUGAUAAUAUCAGUGAAGCAGAUGUAUUACUGGCUCUGCAAUCCAAGAUAAAGAAGAAUCUGGGGAUUCAAGCUGCUGCCGAAUCUCAUGGAAAACUUGUAUAUGUGACCAAGACUAGCUCUUUGGUCCAACUAACGAAGGCACUCCGCUCAUUAAUGACUGACUAUGAGGACAUAUCAAAGGGUUUUGAUUCAGAAGACGGACUAAAUGAUUCAGAAAGGAUCGAUGCCCUUGAGGAAGCCAGAACUGCUAUUGAGCAAGUUGUUAUCCUCCAAGAGGAACCUGUUGAGCUAUUGCCGAGGCCUCCCCACCUCUUGUCUCUUCAAGUGAAUCUUGCUAAAAAAUAUCAGCUGCAGUCAGAAAUCAUAGCUCUUGGACCAGAAUCACGCCUUCGUAUACUUCCUUUCUAUUUGAAAUCCCGUGGAAAACAGAAGGAUAGGGAGGCAGCUGAUGAUACAUCUACCAUUGACGAAUACUUGCACAGUAAUGGCAAUGCAAAUGGUUCAUUACAUUCUCCAGAUAAAUUGCCUAUAUUACCAGACUAUCCAUGAAACUGAUGAGAAUGACAUUGUUGAGUACAAUACUACUUGAUUCUGAUCUUAUAUGUGAGCCUUUCAGGCAUAUAAUAUUUGAUACCAAUCAAUCACUCUAUCAGUAGAAUAUAUCUCUGUUAUUCUUUUUAUA